CCUGAGUUAAAUAAUAAAGGACCAUUGUAGUAGUUUCGCUAACAAAGCAGAUUGCAAAAUGUCGGGAGAGGUGUACCUACUGUGGCUGUUGUCGUUGCUGCAGACGCUGUCUGCGUACGGGGCCGAGCUGUCGUCCGAGGCCUGCAGGGAGCUGGGCUUCUCCAGUAACCUCCUGUGCAGCUCCUGCGACCUGCUGGGGGAGUUCAGCCUCACCAAGCUGCAGCCCGUCUGCCGGCAGUGCUGCCAGCAGGAGGCUCAGAUGGAAUCGCGCAAGCUCUACGCCGGAGCCAUCCUGGAGGUGUGUGGAUGAAAACUGGGGAGGUUCCCUCAAGUCCAGGCUUUUGUCAGGAGCGAGAUGCCCAAGAUGUUUAAAGGUCUUCAGAUCAAGUACGUCAGAGGCUCCGAUCCCAUCCUAAAGCUCCUGGACGAUAACGGGAACAUCGCUGAAGAGCUCAGCAUCACCAAGUGGAACACAGACAGCGUUGAAGAGUUUCUGAGUGAGAAGUUAGACCGAAUAUAGACACACACAAAAAAAAUAUUAAAAAAUUUUGUAUGUAUAGAACUGAAAUGGUCCCUUAAAUUACCAAGAAAAUGGACUUUAUUUUGGGCAAGUGGGCAAAAAUGUUGCUUUUUGUUUCAUUGGAUUUCUGUCACUGUUUAGCUGUUUGUAUACAACCUGGGCUUGACAGCUGUUUAAAUCAUUGAUCCAUGUUUUUGUAUCUGAUUAUAAUCAGUGUGUCUGCGUGGAUUUCACCCAGAUGACUCAACUGAAACCCUAAAACACGUUCAUAAAAUCAAUUUCACAAAGGAAUCAUCUUUUGCUAAGAUAAACGUUCCUCUUUUUGUCUGUCGGAUAUUGUUGUGAGAUGAUUAUUUUUAUGAUGCUUACCAUUGUGACCAGCAGUAAAUGCAGUAAGAGAGAGUGAAUCCCCGUUCCUCGGCGAACGCACCCGGCUUUGCUGAGACACACGUCAGUGAAGAGCUCACAGUAAACCGAUUGUGGGAUGUGAGCUCUGAUGGAAAUCUGUGUGUUUCUUCAGCGGCUGCUUUUGAAGAGGAACUGGUUUUCUCUGCAGGGUUUGUUUAUGAGCUGGACGAUGGGAUAAAUAUGCAACAAUAAACAGAAUAUCUUCAA